AUGACAGUGCUACAUCCAGGUGUCCUGUGUGACAGCACUGCAUCUGGGCGUCACACACAACAUUGUGACAUCACUCAUGACAUCAUGCAUGAUGUCCAGACAAACAUCAAGGUGGACAGCCUCCCCACUAACAAAUAUUGGGGGCCCCAAGGGGUUUCAGCUCCUAGAAGUGGGCGCUCCUAUCCUGUUUCCCAUGGUAGUCAACCAGAUGAUCAUGAGACAACAGUCUUCUCUUGUUGCUCCUCCAUACCUGGUACUGAGAAGGUUGCUGCCCUUGAAACCCAGAGCUUGAAUGUAACCAGUGUGAGUAGUACACUGACUUAUUCUUCAUAACUCAGUUGACAAGCCACAUAAGCUGGAACCUCUGAGUAUAACAGAUAUACAAUUACAGAAAUCUAUACUCAAUAGCAAAGACAAGCUGACAGAGUGAGGUUUUUCUUAAACAACAACAACUUAACUAAUCUACAUAUGUUACAUCUUUGUAUUUUUCAUAGCACAGACUAUUCUCUAAAGUCAGAUUUUCAAGGACAAAGAAGCUGUCAGAAAAUGAGGUGCUAUUUAUUUAUUAUUAUUAUUAUUUUUAAAAGAUACCAAGGGCUUAUUUUUAUUGUUCCUAUAGACUACCAAUCGUGCUGAGAAGCGCAUUAACAGAAACAGCUUGUGUCUUCAAAAAUAAUGAUGUUUCCUUCAUAUUUUAAGUAUUAUAUAUGUUGCUUGGCAUAUGGGAAUAAUAAUUUGUCAGAAUAUUUCAGUAAGAAUGCGAAAAGGAUAAUGCUUUAUGUUGCUGAGUCUUCUUUUAACGAUCCUUUGCAGAAGCUUUGACAAAACCUUGGUAUAAAAUAAUUAUAUCCAACUUGGACAUGAUUAUAGACAUUACAUUUGGCAUAAAUUAGAAUAUAAACAGUUAUGUCUGAGCACCCCAAGUCAAUUUAGUUUCAUCAUUCUGCUUUUUAAGAAUGGCCAGCCAGAUGCCUCCAGGACACCCUUAGCCUUCCCUUGCUUUGCCCUUUAGCUACCCGUAUCAAUUUCUGAUUGUGGCAGUUUCAUUUAGUUUUCAUUGGCUAAUAGCUGUUGGUUGGCUUUCUCCUCUGUUAAAUUGUUUACCUCUUUUAAAAAGUGCUAGUGAUCAUCAGCAUGUCUUGCGGUUGUGAUUUCCAUAUUUUAAUUAAACGUUGCAUGAGAGAAAACUUUAUUUUGAUUGUCUUGAAUCUACAGGCAAUCAAAUAAUUUGGGUGGCUCUAAGGCUGCAAUCCUAACAAUGUUAGUACAGAAGUGGGCUUAGGAUUGCGGCCCUAGUCAGCACUCUACAAACAGGUGCCCUGGAGUUGUUUUGGAUUGAGUUCCAGUGGUCAUGUGUGACGUUAACAUAGGGGAGUGCUGGAGGUGAAAUAGUUAAACAGGUUACCCAAUCAGAACCCAGGGUUUGGAGUCAGAGGGACUAUAAAACCAGCUCUGGGAGGGGCGAAGGGAGGAGUUCGUUGGGAGUUGGGUGGUUGGUUGGAGUGGGAGUGAAUUGGGAUAGAGUCUGUGGGUAGGUUGAGUUAGUGUAGCGAAAUAAGCUGAGUCAGGAACAGUUAGGGGCUAGGAAGACAAGUAAAUAUCUGAGAGGUGGUUUAGUGAGUGAGAGCAGGUAGCGGAAGUUAUAGGUCUGGAUAGGCACCCCAUGAAUGUAAUUGACCGAUACCGUUUAGGAAACCACAUGCUUGUUAAACUGCAAUAAAUAAACAGAAGUUUAUGUUCCAAUUUUACCCUGACUGGACUCAGUACUGUACCAGGUGGGUGGUGGCAGCGAGAAAUAAAAUGGCACAGGGAUCAAUAGUGAAACGUCCGGGGACCCUGUGUGAUCAUCACAUCAUGGAUCAUGAAAACUGGAGUCCAAAAAAUCUGGAGGGCACCAAGUUGCAGAAAGAAACCGUAAGUUCCAGUAUUAUAAAUCAAAGGAAAAUGUUGCACAAUGUCUCUACAUCAUUCAUAAUUUUAUAAACUUCUAUCAUGCGUCCCUUUAAUCUUACCCCCUCCCCCAAGCCCUCAUUAACUCUCCAAUUUAGGCCAAGCAAAACCUGUCUCUGUAUUCCUGCAGUUUCCUAGCUUUUCACCACACCAUCUCAGAUAUCUCUGUGGUCUUCAUCAGAGGCCUUUCUCUGUGCACCAACUUGAAGGAGAACGGGCCUUUUCAGUGGUGUCCUUCCAUCUGUGGAAUGCCGUCUUGGGGAGACGCAGGUGGCACCAACCUUAUCAAUCUUUUGAUGCUACACUAAGACCUUUUUGUUUCGCAGGCCUUUGGUUACUUAAUGUUGUAUCCUAUGGUGGUGCUUAUCUUUUAGUAGGGAGGUAGAACUUGUCUUGAUUAAUAUAUUACUGGAUGAGCUUUUUUUUGAAUUUUUGAUUGUUAAUUGUUCUAAUUUUUCUGGUUUAAAAUUCCUUUUAUGUGUUGUAUUUUACCAUUUUUAUUGUACAAAGUGACUGAUACAUCAUCAACAACAACAUUAAUUCCUGAAAACUUGUCAGUUCAUUUCAUUGAUCUUUGCUGUAUAGGGAAGUGGGAACAUUCUUAAUAAAUAAGAAUCUAGUUUGUGCAAGAAUUUUUCGUACACUCAGCCACUGUUUUUGCUUCUUAUCAGGUUGCACAAAAAUUUUGUCAUUCAGUGGCUAAUAAUUUUUGCCGAUAGAAAGUAAAUAGGAUAGACUCAGCUAUGAAUGGUUAUAAUUGUCUAUACCAGUGGAAAUGUAAUACCGAAUUUGUAUAAAUUGAAUUUGUCAGAUUACCACAGUAUCCCUACCUCAAAUCUUUUAGUCUUUGCUUGUUGGGAAAGUCUUCCAAGCUAAUAAUGAACUUUGGUAUUAGAAGUCAUGGUAAGCGCUUACAAAUUAAUCCAGUUGCCACAAUAAGAGACACUAAUUGCUGUAGCAUGCCACUAAGGACGGGGCAGAAAUUGGAUUUGGUUUGCAUUUAAAGGUGACCAUAGCUGAUUCAUGAUUUCCAAAACAAUAUUCAAGCUAUCCUUCAAGUUCGCAUUCCCAUGAAUUUUGCACUGCAGUUCUCCUACCAAGUAAUGGGUUAAAAAAAUGCAUAUAUGUGGUAACCUCACACUGUUCCAUGCUUUGUAUAGAGCCUCCUUUCUUAUAGUAUGGCUUCUUUUGUGGGUUGUCUAAAUCUGUAUAAAAAGAUAGAUAUGCUGCAAGUCUGCUGAAAUAUAUGUGCCUCAUCCGUGCGUAUUUGGCAGAUACUAUGGAACUUGCACUUUUCCAAGUAAUACACAAUGUAAGUUCUGUGUUUGCAAGGAGUCAGUAUAUUUGUGUGGCAGCACCUGGGGUUCAGACUCCCUGAAUAAUGACAUUAGACAGGUGCCCUCACUAUAUUUAUGAUCCCUGCUGAAAGCUUUGUUUUUAUUUCAGCCAAUCUGCCCCCAUAUAGUUACUUAUAUUCUUGUAAAGAUUUUACUGGCUUUAUAUUUGUUUUAAUGAUCGUUAUUUGUGUUUUAAUGAUCAGUAUUUUAUAUAUGUUGUUGUUUUUAAUAGUUUUAUGGAUUUUAGCUGUGUUUGAUCUACAAUUUUAUUAUGUACGCUGCUUAGAUAGCUCUUUGAUAAAGCAGUUUUUAUAACUUCCUUAAGAAUCUUUUUCAGAGAGAGUUAUAUAAAGGAGUGAAAAGCUAUUGUGGAAGCCUCUUACUUCUUUGACAAUGCAUUUGCAAUAUUCUCUGUUUCAAAGACCAGUUUAAUACUGGUAUGUUCCCCCUGCAUUCUUCCUGUAAGUCUACUGCAGGAAGUCUAGUAGAAAUUUAUGACAUCUCUGCAGCUUGGAGGACUGAACUGCAAUAUUUACGUUUCCUUACAGAUUCUUUUAUUGGUCACCACUGGUCAACGCUCGAGUUGAAGUGAACCACAAAUUCUAUGUUCUGGCAGCAGUACAAUUCCCAGGUGCUCAUAAUGCUAUUUCCCACUUUGUGAGCUGUUGACUGGAGUCUUAACUGCAUCUCUUUGUUACUGUCUCCCCCUAUGAAAUAAAAGCCCUGUGAAAAACAGCAAAGUGGUCCCUUGUCAACAAUACCCUUUAUUAAAACCAGUGCAAUCUUUCCCAAAACAUUCCUUGUUACUUUAUUAUUUAUCUAUUUAAAGAUCUAUUUAGAGGAGUGUUUACUUAAACAUAAUAUCUAUUUUAAUUAUAUAACGGUGGACUCUUUGCAAUCUUUCUCCUUUCUGGUAAAGCAAUAAUGGCAGUAUUUUUCACAAUGAAUCUUUUAAUGAUUGUCCUCACUUCAAAUAAACCUAAUAUCUGUUGGAGUAAUAUCUGUUUCUUGCUCCAAAGGCAUGAAAUUAAAUGAUACCAUUCACCUCAUUUUGAAAUUGUAGUUCAUUCAAUACACUCCAGAUGGCACACAGUGAUGAUAAAAUUAUGCAUAUGCUGUUUUGAGGGAUUGGCUAUGCAAACAAAAGAACUUUGUUUUCUGAGGCUUUAGAAAUCACCUCAAAUUUCUCUAUUACCUGCCCCCCCCACCAAAAGGGGGGGGGGCAGCUUGGCCACUGUUGAUUCAUUAAAAUUUCUGAUUUACCUCUCUAAGUACAAGCCUAAAUUUGCAAUAUAGAAAAAGGGACACAAGUUCACAUGCUUAGUCUAUUAAACACGGAAGUCUAAUAUUCAGAAUAAACAGCAUCACUACAACCCAGUCCACCAAUCCAGAAAGUCUCAUUUGAACAUUAUGCAAAUAUAUUUAUUAAUUAUAGAUAUCAUUAAGCACAUUAAUAUUUUUUUUAAGCCAGCGGUUCCUUGUCUACUCCUGGUAGGUACCACAACAAACUUAAGAAAAGAUCAUACCUGACGACUUGAUUGUGCUAGGAAGAAAUGUAAUUCCUCUCUCAUCUGUUCCGCUUUAUUUCCUGAGAACAUAGCAAAAGGUGUCUCAGGUUGUUGAGCUGUACUGCUCCAUUUUCUGAUGUUUCAGCAGCAGAGGAAAGGCCAGAGCUCAAUAUAAAGAUCAAGUACUUUGCAUGUAGAAGUUUCCAAGUUCAUUCCCCGGCAUCUUCAGUGAAGUGCUCAGCUAGCAGGUAAUGGAAAUAACCUCUGCCAGAGACUCUGGAGACCUUCUGCCAGUCAGAGGAGAUAAGUGUGGGUUAGAUGCACCAAUGCCCUGACUCAGUAUAAGACAACUUCGUAUGUCCAUAUAUAACAGUGCAUGGCUCUGCAUCUGUUUCUCAAUUCAUGUGAAAGUGUAAGUUUGUGGUUUGAAAGUAGAGUGACUUGCUUCUCUCCAAGUCUUGAAUACUUAAUAGUUAUGCACUAGAAAAAAGAAAAGAAAAAAGUUGUAGAGUUUAGAGAACUGGAAUAUUAUAUUGAGAAAUGGCAUGAUUGUGGGCUGGAUUCAACUACUGAGUCCUGCUAAUGGAAGCCAGCACAAGCUCUUCUGCUAACACAACAGGUCUUUUUGUUCCUUCUAUACCCCUUGCAUGGCCCCCCUCCCCCCAAACAAUGCAGCAGGGAAAGGGAGGAUAAUUCCAUGCGACAAACUGAAAUUCUUGUGCUGGUGGGAUGAUUUACUUAGCAGUAUGGAGAAUUGCUCCCUGUGAUUCCAAGUAAACAUAAGUGGGUGUGAGUGUGAAUAAGGUUCAUGCAGUAUUAUGCUGGUGACACCUUGCCCCAAAUUUCCUAAUGCCUUCUCUCAGCACCUUCACAUAGAUAUGAAUAAAAUUCAUAUAGAUAUGGAAUAAAAUUGGGGACACAUCAUACUCUGUCAUACUCCACAGUUCCAUUGCUAGAGGACUGAGGCAAAGUUACCUAGUUCUCUCCUCUGAAACCAACCCUGAACAUAGGAGCUAAACCACCAUAAAAUGGUGCCCCACAGGAUACUGUGAUCAAUGGUUAGAAAAGCCUAUGAGAUAUCCUGGAGAAGCAACAAGGUCACAUUCCCUUUGUAGUUAUUCAUUAGAUUCUGCCCCAAAACCGCAGGCUGCAAUGGGUCAAUUUAGGCUGGGAAAGAUCCCCUGAAUAGUGAAGAAUGACAUUUUGAAGAUGAUAGCACUUGGUAACUUGAGUGACGGUUUUUCUAGAACAAAUAAGGUGGAACGGUCUAUAAUAUUUGGGAAUCUAAGUGUUCAAUCCAUUGAGGAUUCAGUUUUCUGCCUAAGGUAAUAAGUUCAAAGGUAUGUGGUGAGCAAGAGAGGAUCUUUUGUGCGUAUAUCCAGUGGAGAGUCCUAAUUUUUAUGUAAUGCUAAUUUGUCUGAGUGGUAGCAGCACCUCAGGCAUGGUAUUUGCUCUGUCUGGGCUCUAAGCCAGCCAAAUUAGGAUGUUUCUUGGAUGGUCUGAGUAGGUCAGCUGGGGCAGAAAAGGUCUGCAUUUUCUGGAGUUCUCAUGCUGACGUGCAUAACAAGCAAGAGGUUCCCUUAUUAUGAAUGAAUGUGGGUGGAGGUGAUCAAUUACAUGCUACCGCUUUUUUGCAUUAUAUACUUAGGCACACUGCAUUCCUUCCUGGGCAAACUGGACAUAGUGGCAUACUUAAAAUGACAGCAAGGCUCAAUAACAGGAAUUUAUGGUGUUGUGUUUUUGGUUCUAGCUGAAGACUUUGUUUACCCAAGCCUUUGUUGGUCAAUAAUACCAGCCUUGCAGUACUUAUUCUCUGGCUUACUGUGGAAGUAGAUUCAGGUAGGUAGCCGUGUUGGUCAGGCACAGUCGAAAUAUAUAUAUAAAAUUUUUUAAAUGUCCAGUAGCACCUUAGAGACCAACUAAGUUUGUUCUUGGUAUAAGCUUUCAUGUGCAUGCACACUUCUUCAGAUACACUGAAACAGAAGUUAUAUAAGGGUCUGGUGACUUCUGUUUCAGUGUAUCUAAAGAAGUGUUCACGCACACAAAACCUUAUACCAAGAACAAACUUAGUUGGUCUCUAAGGUGCUACUGGAUCGACUGUGGAAGUAGAUGUAUUUAUUGUUUUUAAUGUAUUGAUUUUAUGGAGAUUGUAUCUAUAGGGUUGUGAACCACCCUAGAUUUUUCAACUAAAGGGUGGGAUAUAUACAAAGACUCUCAAAAAACAAUAAAUAAGACUACAUUUUAUACUAGCAGGGGCUGAUGGGACUUGUGGUACAAAACAUCUGGAAGGACCAGUUUGGCAAAGUUUGGUCCAGCUCUUCUAUCAAGAAGCAUAUACCGUACUUGAUAUUUGAAGAAUAUAUGUGUGCAGAUUUAUGUGUAUGUGCAUCACACAUCUUACUACUUCUAAAAUGCAAGUGCACAGUAUUUUCAGCUUGCACUUACAGAGUUCUUUAAACCUGCUGUGCUUUAUCUGUAAUGCUCUCAGACCCAGCACCUCAGUCCUAAGCAUAUUGAGCUGACAAAGUCCAAUUGAUUUCAAUGGAACCUACAUCCAAGUCAGUGUGCUUAGGAUUGCAGCCUCAGUCAUGCAAAAUCCUGAUAGCAUUUUCUGGGACUUCAGAGCUACAGGAUUAUACUGUGUAGUCCAAAUGAAAUGCUGAAGGGUAGGAAGAUGAGUGUCAGUGUUGGUUUCAUGGUGAAUAAUGUUCCCGGAACAUGAAACAAAAUAUCUCUGGGGCUCCUUCAAUAGUAAAAUCAUUACUGCUGCCUUUAAAGAGUGACAAAUUAAUGUCUCCACUAACAAAAAGAUUACCUCCUGUCCCCAUGGCAACGACUCCUCCAAAGUACGGAAGCCUCAAGACAAAUGGUAGUCCAUUUAGCACAGGAAACGUACACGUUCCAAAUGGAGCUAGCAGGGGUUCUUCACCUACAACCGCCAUUGCAAUCCACUGUAUUUAUUUUAGGUAGCUAGUUUUACCGACUCAGGAAUUCCAAUGAAAUGCUCUUUUGUAAAUGUACCGGUCUAGUUAAGAACUGCAUUGUGCGAAGGGUGGAAAAGGUUUACUUUCUUGUAGUUUCACACAUUGAUUCUGAUGAACAUUUCAUGCAAAAAGAGUUUCUGAAGUAGAACAUUUCAGAAUUCAUGAAUAGUAAUUGAGCCCUUUAGUUCUGCACUAAACUUAAAUCCAUUAUUCUCCAUUUAAAGCAGACACAUCAUGUUGCUCUACAGAACACUGCUCUGUCACUUCAAUGCUUCAAUUUCCCCCCUUCUUCUUCUUUUAGUGAGCUGGGCUAGAAUAUUAAGCAUUCUUUGCUCUCAAUAUUCUUGCUGUGCUUGGCACGUUUGGAUUCUAUUUGAAAUAGGCAAAUAGCAAUCAUGUUGUUCAUAAAGAAUGGCUUGUAUGUGUGCAUAUACCUUGCUUUUGGGGGUAAGGGCACACUAUAUGCCACAUCUCAAAUCUCUAGGAAGCAGCUUGCUUCAGCUCUGUGCUGGAUGUGUGCAUUAAAAUGUAAAACAUAAUAAAAGUCACUGUCAGAUUUCUGCCUUCCCAACCAAACAAAUGGGCUUACUUUAGUGUCUGAGGCAUAUAGAAUUUAUCUGUCAGAAGGUAAUUUAAAAUGUCAUGUAAAAACAAAGCCUAAAAGGAAGAUUAACAUUUUUAAAGGACGCAUUUAAUAUUUAUCAUUUGGCUUUAGUGUUUGAUUAAAUGUAGCUAUUAUUGCCCUUCAUUCACUGCAGACUGCAGCAGCCCUAAGCCCCUGACAACCUAGGAAGGGUACACUUCAUGAACUAAGAUAGCUGCUUUCUAAUGCAAUUCCUGAUGCUAAAGAUGUCUCACUGCCUGGGUUUAAAUCAUGCUAAGAUUUCUUUUUUACAUUUCCACACUAGAAGGGUUUUAUGUUUAUCUUGACCAACAAAUCAUGGAGGUGCUUAAGUGAAUUAUCAAGGUUUGAAAACCACUGUGGUCAACAGAGUGUUAUACAUAACAAAAAUCUAGAGAUUCCGGAUCCCAUUUUUUCCCUGUUAGUCACAGUCUCUUCACAUUUCAAAAUCCAUUUACAAAGGCUACCAGCAGGAAUCAAACUGGACAGUCGUUUUCGAAGUGAUAUUCUCAGCUUUUCAGUUAUCAUAUCUCCUGUACGGAGUUGUCUUAAGCGAAACACUGCAAGGUGAGUAGAUAUUGCAAGCAUUUCAAGAAUGAGUUUUCAAAGAAAACCAAAGAAAACUAGAGGAACAGGCUGCUGACACUCUGUUCGAGCCAGCAAAGUGCAGAAGCUAUCAGGCUCAUACAAUGGAGUUUUCCCAGCAACCCGCCUGCUCUUUAGUAUAUGUGUUGUGAACACCUGAAAAUGAAGUAUGGGAGCCCCUGUGACAGCUUGGGAUGGGCGCAGCAACAGGAGGGGAGGACCUGGUCGAGUUAGAAUUCCUGGUGGAAUUUUGCUCUCCUUGAAUGAACAAAAAUACCCUUUUGCUACAGCCAUGUAUCUUCCAUGCCUUGGGCAAAAAACAGCAGGGAGUAAGAGUUUGAUCACAAUCCAACCCCAGAAUUGCUGGUGAACCUGUUUCAUUACAAAUGUAGAAUUCCAUUUGCUAUAUAACAUGUAGCGUCCAUCAUAAAAAGACGAAUUGAGAGAAUAAUGUUGACACGAAACCUUUAUUUGUUGUGGGCUGGAGAUAUUAGAACGUUAUUGGAUGCCAGUUAACAUCAUGUCCCUGGGAUCUGACUCCCUGUCUUCAGAGGACUAGAUUGGGGAUUUGGAGAAAAUAUGCUAAUGGGGAAGUAUUUGCCCUCAAAGUUGGACUAAGAUCUCCCCAUUUACUCAGAAGCUCCAGAAAAAGAGAAUCUCAUUUUGCCAGCAGCAUUCCAUUCUGAAAAAUUAGUGUUGCUCUUCUCAGGCUCCAUUCCAGAAGACCCAGCUGAGCUAUGGUCAGAGUUAAUGGCUAAUGAAACAGGCUGGGACACAUUAACUGAAGAUGAUUUCUCACUGGAAGUAGACCUUAUCACCCAGAUGGAGCUUUCUAAGUAUGUCUAAGACAAGGGAGGCAGCCACUAGGAAUAUGAGUUCUUUUGGCCUUUGGUUAGAUCUUGAACGUGCAGAAGAAUUGUCUCUCUUAUAUGCUCUUAGCUGUUAGACCUUCAGUUUUCUCCCUUCUCUUCUUUGAGAGAUGGAAGUGUAUUGGAUAAUCUGCAGUGAGGAAAAGCUAUGGCUUACUGCCCCUUUUAUAUACACGCAAUAUCCAAUAAAACUUCUUAAAAAUAGUCUAUUGACAGUUCUUGACUCCAGUUCAUUUUGCACAUAUAAUUAGAGUCUGUUCCCCUAUGUGGAGGAGAUGAAACAAAAGAGGUACCUGUUGUCAUGUACAAAUUUGGGGAAGUGGUAAUAAUGUGAAUUUCUGAAAUAACAGCUGCACCAGUGACUUUAAACCGCAAACUACAUAUUUUAUCAAUUUUGUAUGAGUCAAAUAGGGACGUAAUAUAUAAACCAUUAAUCAUUUUUUUAUUAGCUGCUCAUUUACCUAUAUGAAAGGGCUGGAAGGAGUACUCAAGUUUUUCUUUAAAUGUUUGGUUCAAUAAAGUAAGCUUUCUUCUAAUUUCUGAUGAAAUGCCAUAAAUGAAGGGUAUAUGUUCAAAAAAUCAGAUAUGUAAUCCCAUAGCUUUCAAAAUCCAGACCCCUACAGUUGAAAUAAUUACAAAAUGAAAAUAAAUACAUUACUGACAUAGUAAAAUGGCUAGAGUAACAAAGACAUUUAGAAGGCCAAGCAUAGUAGUUUACGAAACUAUUUAGUAUGCAAACCAUGGUUAUUAAUGGCAGUUCACAAACCACAGUAGGCAAUGCUUUGAGAAUGUAAAAUUACAGCUUGUAUUAAAAUGAAUGCUAAAUCUGGGUCUCAGAACUGAAGUGAAUAGUUUCCACACAAUAUUUGAAUAGAUGUUUAACUAGAAUAACAUGAUUUGGGGAGCAUUUGCAUGUCUCAAAAAGCUGAAACUGGACCUUAUAAUCUGGAUUUUCUUCUCUGCAGAGGUCAAAUCAGUGCCUGUUUGAAAAAUUCAUGAUCCAGAAAAGGUAAUUUUUAAUGAAUAUUUAUGAUAUGUCUUUUCUUAUCAGAGCUGUGCAAGUUUCCUGAUGCUUCCCACAAAGGUUGCUUUCUGGGUUUUUCUUUUUUCUUUUCAAGAAAAGAAUCAUGUGAAUUGAAACCAGCAAUAUCUCCAUUUUAGUUCACCUUGGCCCUAGUUCCUCACAAUUAUUAUUAAGCUGUAUGGCUGCAGAGUUAACUUUCUGAAUUUUACUCACUGAAUUACUGAAAGUCAAAGAAAGAUUUCAGAAUCAGAGCCCAGGCCUUAUGCUGUGAUUCCAAAUGCUCAGGGACGAGGGAUUUAAAUUGCUAUGCCACAUUCAUCCAUUUCUGUCCUCUAGCAACCUCUUUUAGUUGCUUAGACAUGGAAGAGACCAGUGUGACCACUGAGUUAUAAAAACUAUAACAUUAAGGAAGAAGAUCAUCUGUGGUGGGUGUACCAUUUGAAGCUGCCAUCAGUCCCAACACCAGUGUUCAUAAGCAGCUAUAUCAGCGGUGCUGUUUAGCUGACUGCAGCCUCUGGGAGCUUGUGACCAGCACUUGUAAAUGGGGGUUUCUGAGGACAUUUUGAGGGGGAAGCUUGGAGUGCUGUUUCACAGUGUACAUAGGACCAAGAGACAUGAACAGCGAGGGAGCUGCUUAUUCCAACACUUAUUCCAUGUUUGUCUUCCUGCCUAAGAAUGUGCAAAACUAGACUUGCAGCAACUGUGAGCCGGUUGCCUUGCUGGAAGAGAAGGUACAGUGACUUGAGGCCCACCUAGCCACACUUCAAGCUACUGAGCAAGAUGAGGGAUUUCUUGACUAAGCAGAGUGGACUGUCCUGGAACAGUGACAGAGAUGGGGUGCUCCUAGGGAGGAGGAAGCUCUUCCAUUGCAGGAGAUGAACCCCUGGAUGAACAUGACACACAGACCCUGAUUAUGGGCCAGAGGAGCAAGGGCAGCAGUUACAGAACUCAGAAUACAUCAAGGAGGCUAUGGACGGUACAGUGUACAGAAUGAUUCCUGCUGCUUCCCAGAAGAAGAGACAUGUGCUGGUGGUAGGUGACACUCUACUGAGGCAGAUAGAGGCAGCAGGAUAUUUGAAGUCGUACCUCGCUUGUUUUGUGAACAAUGAAACGAGAAACAGGUUUGGGACACACACACACACACAGAGAGAGAGAGAGAGAGAGAGAGAGAGAGAGAGAAUAACUGCCUUUAAGAAUUAAAAUAUAGACAUAAAUGACUUUUUAGCAAUUACUUACAAAG